CAGGUUGCUCUUGACCUUCACCAUGUCAUGGUGGCCAACCAUAGGAAAUAUACUGUCUUCCUCAUACAAACCUUCCUCUCAAUCUAGUUUUCGCCAUCUACUGUACGGUAUCAUUCUCGGCUUCUCCUUGUCGUGGACUUCGACCUCCUUGGCUCUUUUCUUUCGAGCGCGUAGGGAGCGACUGGCCACUCAUGAUCACUUCGAACCGAGACCGAUUGAACUUAGGAGUGAUGAAGUUCUAAGUGGCGUAACUGGACUUAUAGGGAAUACACCACUCAUUCGGAUAAACUCUCUCAGUGAUGCUCUCGGCGUUGAGAUUUUAGGAAAAGCCGAAUUCCUUAACCCCGGGGGCAGCGUCAAGGAUCGUGUCGCUUUACGUAUGAUUGAUGAUGCCGAGACUGUUGGCCUUCUACACCCACAUACUGGAUCAAGAAUCUUCGAAGGAACAGUUGGCUCUACUGGAAUAUCUAUCGCCACUAUUGCACGCGCUAGAGGAUAUGAUGUCACUAUCAUCAUGCCGGACGAUGUCGCUGAGGAGAAAGUCAAAGCCCUCCAUGCUCUUGGAGCGGACGUAGAAAGAGUUAGACCCACCAGCAUCGUUGACAAAAAGCAGUAUGUUAACGUUGCUAGACAGCGUGCAAUUGACUUCGGGAAGCACUCUUCAUUCGACAAACCACAUGUUCUUCAAGCACCACCCUCGAUGAUUGUCUCAACUACAGGUGACGAAGAGAAGCCCGAAGACCUUAUGGACAAACCUCGAGGAUUCUUUGCAGAUCAGUUCGAAAAUCGAAGUAAUCACGAUGCGCACUAUGAUGGAACAGGUCCAGAAAUAUGGAGGCAAACUAGCGGGUCCGUAAAUGCGUUCGUGAGUGGUGCUGGAACGGGCGGUACUGUUGCUGGGACUGGAAGGUUCCUGAAAUCCAUGAAUGAAGACAUUAUCGUUGUAAUAUCAGACCCAGAAGGAAGUGGGUUAUACAAUAAGAUUAAACACGGCGUAAUGUUUGAUUACAAGGAGAGCGAAGGCACAAAACGAAGGCACCAAGUCGACACUGUGGUGGAGGGCAUUGGCAUCAAUCGUCUGACUGAUAACAUUUCAUUAGCUCUCCCAAUCAUAGACGAUGCGUUCAGGAUCACCGACGCCGAAGCCGUCGCGAUGUCGCGAUAUCUCGUUCAGCACGACGGGCUCUUCCUAGGAUCUAGCAGCGCCUGUAACCUCUUCGCAUGUAUAAAGCUUGCCCGUAAGAUGGGAUGGCAAAAAGGGCAAACCAUCGUCACGAUAUUGUGUGACUCUGGCAAUCGUCAUUAUUCCAAGUUUUGGAACGACGAGUACCUGAAGAAAGCUGGAAUUCCUGUCAAUCCCGGACUUGUCACCGAGCUCCUGUAGUCGUCUUCAAGACUAUACGUAGAAUAGAUACAAAUGCUGACAUCCUUGGCCCGAGCUUGCUCUUGCGCCACGUUGCAGAUUUUGAGCGCCUACAAGCGCCUAUAGACGUCCACAUGAAUAAUAUUGUUUGUCCUGGUC